AUGCGUUAUAAAAAGCUAACCGUGUGUGCAGCACACUUUGAAGACAGAUUCCUGAUCACGUCAACACAGUACACAGACCCCAGAACCGGAGCAGUCCUCCAAGCCCGUCUCGAUAGACCGAGACUUUCCAACAAUGCUGUGCCGACAAUAUUUGCCUGCAGCACCUCUUCACUGCCCCAAGAACCACCACUGGCAGAGCCACCUGAAAAGAGACCAAGAGAACCCAAUGAGGAAAAUGAUAUCUCAUUUGACCAACUCAUAGACCAAAUCCAAGACAUCAAUGCUACUCCCUUCUGGAACUGCAUUCAAAACGACCAAGGUGUUACAUUCCUGAACAUCAACCAAGACCCCAACAACGCCCCACAGCUGAAGUACUCCGUUACUGUGAAGCCUGACUUAACUGUAUCAGUAUACUGUUACAGCACGAAGACAACCAAGCUUUCAGGCGACUUUUGGAUACCGACCACCAUUACCAGUCUGAAGACGCUGGUUGACCUGCUCGACAACAUCAGAGCAUUCGACAAGUCGGCCACAUCAUCUGGCACCAGCAAGAAGAAGGACGCCAUUCUUGGACUCAUCCUGUCGUUACUUGAUGACCUCAGGAAUGACAAUGAAGUUCAGGACAUCGCAGACGCGCUGACAUUUUUAUGCAAACAGGUAGAUGUGCUCCUGAGAAAAAAGCCCAAGUAUGCACCAGACUUUCUCAUUUUUGCAAGCCUCAUAUACACCAUUUCGCCGCACGCGUACAAGUUUAUGAGGGGCACCUCCCGUAUCAUGCUGCCACAUCCCUCUACCAUCAGGAGACUGUGUUCCAACCAACAGCUGAACCCCUCAACAGAGCAAGACGAUGAACAGCUUCUGUCUUACAUAAAAAAGGAAAGUGAACACCUUGAGGAUCACGAAAAAGUUGCCACCCUCAUGUUGGAUGAAGUACACUUAAAACCUUACAUCGAUUAUAAGGGAGGAAAUGUCCAAGGCAGCUCUGCCAACUCAUGCAAAGCAGCACGAACAGCACAUGUGUUCAUGAUACAGAGCCUGUUGUCAUCCAACAAAGAUGUCGUACAUGUCCUCCCUGUGUGCCAGAUAGAUGCCCAACAGCUGCACUGCUUCGUGAAGAAAAUUAUUCUAAGGCUAGAGGCACUAGGAUUCAAGAUCAUCGCCGUCGUAACCGACAAUAAUGCCAUCAACCGCAAGAUGAUGUCACAAUUUGCCACCCAGGCCAAAUUCGAUAUGGUCUACAGCCACCCAGCAGACACAGACAGGCCCCUCUUUUUCAUUGUCGACCCUGUACACUUGUUGAAAUGCAUUCGCAACAACUGGCUGAGCCAAGGAACUCCUGGAAAGUGCUUUGCAUUUCCAAGCUUCGAAAGCAUCGAAACGGCGACUCCUGCCACAUCACAACAACAAGCUUCAUUUGAUGCCUUGAGGGAGUUGCAACUUCACGAGACUGACCAACUGGCUAAGUUUGUCUACGGACUCAGUGCCAAGGUGCUACAUCCAUCAAGUCUGGAGCGCCAAAAUGUGAGGUUGGUCUUGAAAAUCUUCAAUGACCACGUCGUGCAAGCUUUAAGGACACUUGGCCACGACCUCGGCAUCCAGCACGUCCUGGAAACGGCUGACUUCAUCGAGCUGAUUGUGAGGUGGUGGAAAGUGGCGAAUGUGAAGACCCCCUUGAAAGGGCAGAGGCUGCGAGAUCCAGUGCAGGAGCCUGUCAGCUCUGUGGCAGAUCCGAAGCUCAAGUUCCUCAGUGGCAUGGUCCAGUGGCUCGACACCUGGGAAGCAAUGGACACAGACAGUGGGAGACUGACCAAUGAGACACAUAAAGCGCUCAGGCUGACUUGCUCCACCCUGGUAAAGGUGUCCAUCUACUGCCUCAGGGAGCUUGGUUUCAGCUAUGUUCUGCUCGGCAAGUUUCAAACAGACUCUCUGGAAGCCAAAUUUGGAAAGUACAGGAGGCUUGCUGGGACACAAUACCACAUUUCCAUCCACCAGUUGUACGAGUCGGAGACGAAGAUCAGGCUGCAAAAGAUGCUACCACUGGUGCCCGCCACAGAGUUACUUGGCAGGGCACAAGAACAAGCAACACACGAAGAGGUGACACAGGAGGAACGCAACCAGUUCAGCGUCACAGUAGAUGCUACUGACAUCGCUGCCAAACAUGAUCAGAUGCCUGCGAUUACCUAUAUUGCAGGCUACUGCGCCCAUGCAGUCCUAAAAAAACUUGGUUGCGAUGCUUGCGAAGAAAACCUCACCCUGGAAGAAAGAAGCAUUGAGCUCGACGAUGCAAGCCUCAUCAAAGGAAUCUCCCGGGGAGGGCUGAAAUUUCCCCAAGCCGUAGUCGUGAAUGCCGUGCUCCACACACAGCUAGUGCUGGAAAAGCUCACAGACAAGGAGAAUGCAGCACAGUUCUUUGCAAUUCGAAACCAGAAGGGACUGCUUAUGUCUGUCACUAGGGAGAUGCUGACCAAGUAUGAUGACCUGGAUGUGUGUGACUUUGGACAUGACCCCAAGGUUGUGAUGACGCACAUCUUGAGUGUGUCAGCUAACACUUUCCUUGCUAACUACUGCCGGAACCAAAAUGAGGCUAUCCAAGACGCUGCAGCCUCUAAAAAAAAUGUGCGGAAGUUGCAAGUCCUAAGUCAGAGCAAGUAGUGGCACAAACACAAACUGUCAAGAAAUCUCCAAUGACUGGCAUUAUGUAUUUGUCUAUUUACUUCUCGAAAUAUUUGUGAAAAUGGACAGUACUUGACCUAUUAACAUGCAUUAUAUAAGUUUAUUACUUCCUUCUUGGUUUGACCAGCUACUACAUAUUGUUAU